AAGCUGGGUUUUGCAAGACGAGCGUCUCCAGGGAGGAGGGAGGAAUGGUGCAGUAGGCAGAGGGCACUCGAGAGCAGAGGCAAGGAAGCCGAAGGACCCAGAGCGGAGGCUUGUGUUGUGUGUGGAGCCAGGUUAUGAGUCAGGCCGGGAGGCGUCCCAGGGCGGGGCACCCUGGUGCAAAUGCUCAGGGCCAGGCGAGCAUGUGGGGUUUAUAGCAGCAGCCAGGCUGACAGGCACAUCGGAGCACUGAGGCACCAGGCAGCAUGCUCCGGGCCCUGCUUCCCCUGCUCGGCCUCCUGGGCGCCGCCCUGACCAGCCCCGUCUCUGGCCCCCAGGAGUGUGCAAAGGGUCCAGCAGUGUGGUGUCAGGACCUGCAGGUAGCAACAAGGUGCGGGGCCGUGGGGCACUGCCAAAGUGCCAUCUGGAGCAAGCCCACUGCCAAGACCCUGCCCUGCGACGUGUGCCUGGACGUGACUGCUGCCUCCAGCCAUGGGCUGAACCCCCACGCCACAGAGACCGACAUCCUGGCCUUGAUGAUGAAGACCUGUGAGUGGCUCCCCAGCCAGGAGUCUUCAGCCAAAUGCAAGGGGAUGGUGGACGCCCAUCACUCUGCCAUUCUGAGCAUGCUUGGCGGGGCCCCAGCACAGCUGUGUGCCGCGCUCACCCUCUGCCAGCCGCUACCAAGGCACCCGGCCAGCCCGGGGCCACUCUCGGAGGAGGACAUAUCUGAAGUGGUGGCCCCAUUCAUGGCCAAUGGGCCCCUCAGCUUCCACCCUCCACAGAUUCCAGGGGACGCUGUGUGCCAGGACUGUGUCCAGCUGGUCACCCAGCUCCAGGUUGCUGUUGGGUCCAACCUGUCCCACUUGGCAGAAACAAUCACGCAGGAGCAGUGUGAGUCCCUGGAGCCGGGCCUGGCCCUCCUCUGCAAGAACUACAUCCGCCAGUUUUUUGCCCCCACUGAGCAGACGCUGAGACUUGCCCCCCCGAAGGAGAUCUGCAGGAAGCGGGGCUUCUGUGAGGAGCUGAGGGAACCCGCCCUCCUGGCUCACACGGCAGCUGGGCACGAUGACAUCCCCUCCCUGGAGCCGGUGUCCCCAAGGAAGAAGAGCGAGAUCCAGAUGAAAUCCGGCCUGACCUGUGAGUUGUGUCUGGAAGUGGUCCAGGAGCUGGACCAGUGGCUGGAAUCCAACAGCACGGAGACCAUGAUCAGCCACACCCUGGAGCGUGUGUGUUCGAAGAUGCCGGCUCCCAUAGUCCAGCAGUGCGUCACCCUGGUGGACACCUACAGCCCCUCCUUGGUGCAGCUCGUGGCCAGUGUCGCCCCAGAAAAGGUAUGCAAGGCCAUCCGGCUGUGCAGGAGCCAGAGGCAGGCCCGGGCAGUCCACGAGGACCUGGCAACCGUGCCAUCCCCAGUGCUGGGCCAGGAAAACAGGGUCAGCUUCUGCAAUGGGUGCAAGAGGCUGUUCGGUGUGUCUGCCCGCAACCUGGAGCGUAAGAGCACCAAGCGCAACAUCCUGAUGGCCUUCCAGGGUGGCUGUAGCAUCCUGCCACUGACCUACAUGAUCCAGUGCAAACGCUUUGUCACCGAGUACGAGCCCGUGCUCGUGGAGAGCCUCAUGGAAAUGAUGGACCCUGAGGCCCUGUGCAUGAAGAUGGGCGCCUGCCACACCCCCAGGACCUCGCUGCUGGGCACGGACCAGUGCGUCAUGGGGCCCAACUUCUGGUGCAAGAGCUGGGAGGCGGCCGAGCUGUGCGGUGCUGUGGAACACUGCCAGCGCCACAUGUGGAAAGUGACGCCCUUCCGCGCUGGAGAGCAUGCGUGAUCAUGACCACCAGAGACCCAGUGCCAGCCAUGUCCCCCAGGAGACCCUUAUCUCUUUGAAUCCCACAGGGACCCUACGAGGUGGGCGCUCUCCCCAUCCCCCCCACAGGUGAGAAAGUGAGGCUCCGGGUGGGGAGGCCGGGAAGAGCCGAGCUGAAGUCCUGACGACCCCACAGAGCUCUGUCCUAACGACUAUGCCACGCGGCUGUACUCCUGCGAGCGCCUCUGACGGACUGGAACAAACUGAUGUGUGCCACCCGUCCCAGCCGACCGCCCCUGAGUCUCAUCGCUGCGAUGUUGCUGAUGGGGUGGUGGGGCAGCCGGCAGUGGCCUUGGUGCCCCCGUGAUGAAUAGCCCAGCUGUGAGCCAGGCUGGGGUCCUGGCUGGGGGGAGCAAUGGUGGGGGCAGAGGGUAGCUGAGAGGGGCUGUUACGGGUGGGGGCCGAUCCGUCUUGUCAAACAGCUGGGGAACGGGGCCUGAUCCACAGCUACCGUCACUUGCUCAGGCCAGAGCUUCUCCACCAGGGUUUCUGAGGCUGGUCCCAAAGGUAUGAGUGUCUGUGGACCUUUUUGGGGAGGAGGCUGGGGCUUUGACAACAUCUCCAAGGGGUGCUGGGGCUUCAGAGCAAUCCUUCCAAUGCCUCUGCCCGUUGUGGGGACCCCUCCUUGCACUCCAGAUUCUUGGCCACCCUGGGAAUAGGCGGGAGGAAGGCCUGUGCUGUGCUCUAAAUGAGGAGACAACGUGAGGGGUAAGAGCCCACUGGGACAGCCCAGGGGUCUGGAGCGGGUGCCGGGGGCUGUGGAGCAGCAUGUGCGAGGGGGAGAAGGUCCCUUCACCUGUCGGAGCCUCCGUCUCCUGAUCUGUAGAAUAGGGGUGACCAUACCUGCCUGUGGGGAUGUUGAGACAAUUCAAGGAGACAUCCAGAGCCUCUUCCCCAGAAACCAGCAUCCCUCGGUCUGCUGGGACCAGCAAAGCCCAUCGCAGGGUCCCCCGAAGAAUCAGGCUGUGCAAGGACUGAAUAAACGCAGGCUCUCCGGA